GACGGGCGAGGCAUCGCCGUUGCCGCCGCCGGAAGUUUGCUGUUUGCGGGGCGGGGAGGCGACGGCCGCAGUGGAGGCAGCUGAGCGUCUGUGGGUACCCGGAUGUGAGGCGCUGUGAAGGCGGCACUGGGUGCCUUGGCGGGGCCAGAGCAGGUGCUAUGUAAUGUGUUGAACAGCCUAUAAGGAAUGGUUUUACCAGAUUUUCAUGAGUUAUGGUGGCUGAAACAUCAAUUCUAUCUUGGGGGAAGAGAACUAAACAGCAGCACAAAAGGAAAUCUAUAUUAAUAGAGUACUUUAUUAAACGAAGGAGAUUAAAUAAAAACCACAAACCAACAAGCUCAGCAAAGAAGCAAAGAAACCUGGUAGCCAUAAGACAUGUUUCAGAUGCAUCACAGUCCAGUAACGGUAGACUUGAGAAGAAAAACAUUUUCAGAAAUUUUGUCAAAACAGACAGGUCAGUGAUAAAUAACUCCUCCAGUAAUAGGGCUAGGCCUGAAACUAAAAGUAAUUAAAAAAUUAACAAAACAGAGUGAAUGUGAAUGAAGUUUAUUUUCAUUAAAAAAAUAAAAACUUCUAAAAAAUAUCAAAUUAGAAUUAAAUUUUCUUCAGCUUUCUAGUCCCCUGUCCAGUGUAAGGCAAACAUCUUUCAGCAUUCAUGCCAGUUUUUCUUAUGUCUUAGGAAUUGCAGAGUGCAACCUUACUUGAAGCAGCCUGGUAUUUUUGUUGAAAAUGUUUAUCAACAUAAGUUAAAGUUGAGUUUUAAGAUCUGCUCCUUAGUAAUACUAGAUAAUUUAGCACUUGCACCUACCUGGACACAGUCCUCAAAAACUCAGAAAAGGAAGACAGACAUUACUCAGGAAUAAUGUCCAUUCAGGAGAAAUCAAAAGAAAACUCCUCCAAAAUUACUAAAGAAAGUGACGAUAAGAAUUUAGAAAGAGAAAUUCAAGGUUCCCAAAACAGUCUAGUGAAAAAAUCAGGUUCCAAAGAAGCUAUAAAGUCACUGCUUAAAUCUUCCAGCAAAAGUAAAGUAAAUCAGCCUGAAUUGGAAACACGAAUGAGCACUAGGUCAGCAAAGGCAGCUGAUAAAAAAGCUACCGAAAACAUUAGUAAAAAUGUGGUAACUGUGAAGGGACAUUCACAAGAGUCUGCAAAAAAGAAAUUAUGUCAGAAAAAAUUAGCACAUGAAACCCCUAAAAGAAAUGAGCAGGUUAAUCGGAGAUCACAAAGGCUACAACAGUUAACAGAGUGUUCAACAAGAUCUUUGCGAAGUAGAGAGAUUCAGGGUCAAGUUCAAGCAAUUAAACAGAAUUUGCAGCCAACAAGAAGAGAACACUAUAACAGUACUCAAAGUAAAUCCAAUAAAGUUAAAGUAAAUCAAAAACAUGUGAAAAGGAAAGUACUGGAAAUAAAGUCUGAUUAUAAGGAAGAUAGAAACUCAGUAACUAAUGAAGUAGCAAGUUCUCCUAAAGGAAAGAAACGGAAAGUAGAGCACCAGACAGCUUGUACUUGGAGUCCUCAUUGCAUUCAAGGAUCUGAAAAGUGUCUUCAGAAGACUAUUAAAAAAGAAGAAACAAAACAUGUGCCUGAAACUUCUGAGAUUAAAAGAUCAAAAGUGGCUACUUCAGUGGUCUCUAAAAAGAGUGAACUGAAGAAGUCAGUUCAUACACAAGUGAAUACUAGCACAAAAUUCCAAAAAAUUCCACAGCCAUCAGUGCCUGAACAAAAUGUAGAUAAUGAAUUGGAGCAAGCAGGAAAGAGCAAACGAGGUAGCAUUCUCCAGCUUUGCGAAGAAAUUGCUGGUGAAAUUGAGUCAGAUACUGUAGAGGUAAAAAAGGAAUCCUCACAAAUGGAAAGUGUGAAAGAGAAGCCUACAGAAAUAAAAUUGGAAGAGACUGAUGUUGAAAGACAAAUACUUCAUCAGAAGGAAACCAAUCAGGAUGUACGGUGUAAUCGUUUCUUUCCCAGUAGAAAAACAAAGCCUGUGAAAUGUAUACUAAAUGGAAUAAAUAGCUCAGCCAAGAAGAACUCCAACUGGACUAAAAUUAAACUCUCAAAAUUUAACUCUGUGCAGCAAAAUAAAUCGGACUCUCAAGUUUCUCCUAAAUUGGGCUCAGUACGAACUGGUUUUUCACCACCAGUUUUAGAAAUGCCUCAUCCAGUGUCUCAAAGUAUGGUUUUAGAGACAAAACCACAGGAUAGUAUAACUUGCCAACAGGAUAAAAUGAAAGGAAUUAAAUCUGAAGAAGUUAAAAUUAAUGAUAUUGCAGUUGAAAUUAAUAAAACCACAAAAAGGGCUCCUGAAAAUUGUCAUUUGGAUAAUCACAUAAAACCCUCUCCUGACCCACCAGUGGAUAAUCAGAUGAAACAUUCUUUUGAAUCAGCACCAGAUAAGAAUUUCAGCUUAUGUUUGGCAUCCAAGGUGGAAAACAGUCCAUUAGAAAAUACUGCAGCUGUUUCAACUCUUCUCAGUCAAACAAAAAUAGAUGGAAGAGAGAGAACAUUUCCAGGUUCAGCUCCCAAACAGCACAGUAUCGUCAAUAAUGAAACAUUUAAGAACAGUGAAAACAGGGACAUACCACCAAAUCAUUCUCAGACUAAGUGUAAUUCUCAUUUGGAGAUAACAAUUCCAAAGGACUUGAAACUGAAAGAAUCAGAGAAAGCUGAUGAAAAACAGUUGAUUAUAGAUGCAGGACAAAAAAGAUUUGGAGCAGUAUCUUGUAACAUCUGUGGAAUGCUUUAUACAGCUUCAAAUCCAGAAGACGAAACCCAGCAUCUGCUUUUCCACAACCAAUUUAUAAGUGCUGUAAAAUAUGUGGGCUGGAAAAAAGAAAGAAUUCUUGCUGAAUAUCCUGAUGGUAGAAUAAUAAUGGUUCUUCCUGAAGAUCCAAAGUAUGCCCUGAAAAAGGUUGACGAGAUUAGAGAGAUGGUUGAUAAUGAUUUAGGUUUCCAACAGGCUCCACUAAUGUGCUAUUCCAGAACCAAAACACUUCUCUUUAUUUCUAAUGACAAAAAAGUAGUUGGCUGCCUAAUUGCAGAACAUAUCCAGUGGGGCUAUCGAGUUAUAGAAGAGAAACUUCCAAUUAUCAGGUCAGAAGAAGAAAAAGUAAGAUUUGAAAGGCAAAAAGCCUGGUGCUGCUCAACCUUGCCAGAGCCUGCAAUAUGUGGGAUCAGUCGGAUAUGGGUCUUCAGCAUGAUGCGGAGGAAGAAAAUAGCUUCUCGAAUGAUUGAAUGCCUAAGGAGUAACUUUAUUUAUGGCUCAUAUUUGAGUAAAGAAGAAAUUGCGUUCUCAGAUCCCACUCCUGAUGGAAAAUUGUUUGCAACACAGUACUGUGGCACUGGUCAGUUUCUGGUAUAUAAUUUUAUUAAUGGACAGAAUGCUACCUAAUAGAAACCUUACCUACAGUACCAGAAGACAUCUAUUGAAGAGAAUGAAUUGGUUGCUGACUUUAACCAGGAACUAGGGCCAUUUUUAUUACAAUGAACUCAGGACUGGCAGCAGCCAUAUGGCUGUUCCAUUUUCAUAAAAUUGGAAACAAUGCAGUAAUAGCCUAUUAUUGUUUUGUUUUUUAAAGAAGAUAUUUUAUUAUCUUUUACAGAAAUUUAUGAUUGAUGUAUUUUAUCUAUAGUUAUUUAGACAUGUUUACAUGCAGCAGAUAAUUGUUCAUAGUGGACUGAAAACUAAUGCAAGGACUAUGGUCUCAGUGAUAAGUAUAUUUUGAAGUUCUUAAUAUGGAAAUAUACCAGUGUAGCUUGGUACUGUAUUUUUUUAUAUUGAUCUGCUGAUACCAGUUACAGGUUUAAGGAUUGUAUUUUCGCAAAGUGGAAGCCAGUGUUUUUGAGUUAUUCAAGGAGUGUACAUACAGUGUUAUGUGUUUAAGAAUUUGAAGCUAGUUCUUAAAAAUCCUAAAAUAGCUGGGCAUGGUGGCGCAUGCCUUUAAUCCCAGCACUUGGGAGGCAGGGGCAGGCAGAUCUGGACAGCUGGGGCUAUAGGGAGACCCUGUCUCAAAAAGACAAAAAAAACAAACAAACAAAAAAAACCAAACAAAAUCCUAAAAUAAUACUUUAAGGAAAUCCCUACAGCAAACGAAAGUUCCAAAUGUGUGGAAAGAAUUUGAAAUACUGAGUGUUUCCUUCCACUUCUCUUUCCUGUCACUAAUGGCAGAAGUAAAGUCGCUUUCCUUCUUGUGAGCUAUAAAUUACUAGAAUUAUUGAGGACACCUUCUAAUUCAUUUUAUUCUGGCUUCACUUUAAAAAAAAAAGUUGGUACAACUUGGCUAUAAGUCUUAGGCUUGUGAUAAAACUGUGGAAUAGUUGCAAAGUAAAUGUGGAUGACUUGGUAUCUGCAUUGUUAUUCCUCAGAAAUACUGCACUGAGUAUAUGUCUUCAUUACUGGACUUCAUUUUAAUACUUGUCUAUCCUUCAUAGUGCCCUCUCUUUUAAAGGGUUUAUAUGUUGAAAAACUGCUGUGGCCUUUUAUGACCUGUACAUAAUGUAGAAUAAAAUAAUAAAAUACUUGAUAGAUUUUCUAAGUGAUAAAUGUACUGA